AUGGAAACUGAGCAACAACAGCGUCCCUUAUUCGAGGAUGAAACUUCUAACAAUGACGUGGAUAUCUCCCUAUCCAGAAAGAGGUCGCAAUCUCUCAGAUCGCAAAAUCCCGUCAUAUUGAUCCUUCUAGUCCUCUCCUUCGGGCUGAACGCAUUCCUUUCUAUCAUAUUUUUCCUCAAACCACAUACCACUUACUCAUCACACAACAGUUGGUACCCAUCUUUUCACGAUACUCCAUUAUUCUAACCACCAUCCAGUUGGUCUUACACCUGGUGUCCAAAAGAUGCAACGCUGGCGCUACACAGCGUACUCCCAGCCUAACGAGACAGCACGAUAUUCGGCAUGGAACAGCAUCGAUGUAGAUAGAACAAUAAUAGCAAUAGAUCACGACGAAGCUGUUGCUCUUGGUCUUCCAGCUACCGAGGUCUUUCCCCUUGAUGAGAGGAAGGAUAUUUAUGCUGUUAAUGCGUAUCACCAGCUUCACUGUUUAGUACGUUCAUCUCACUCAUCAACAGCGAAGUGGAGCAGAGAGGAAGACGAAACUAAUCCAUUGCGUAGAAACUCCUAUAUAGAUCUUUCCAAGAAGCACACCACGGAAAGGCGUUUAGCAACGGUUAUACGCACAUUCUUCACUGCCUCGAUUCCAUAAGAGGAGAUGUAGAAUGUCAAGCUGACGAUGUGAAUCUCAUCCCUUCCCUUCCUCCCUCCUUCCCCUUUCCUCUUUCUAUUCCCUACUAACUUCUUAUCCACAGCAUGUCUACGGUGUCGGUCCGGGUUUAAACCCCCCAAUCUACGAAGGCCAACACAUGCACUGCAAGAAUUCCUCUGCGCUCGAUAAAUGGGCUUCUGAACACCACUCUUUCUUCAAGUAUACCUACGUCAACGAUGAGAAAUCACUUACCGAGAUGCAUCAAUGGAGGAAUUGUCCAGAGAACUCGCCACAUGGGGAAAAUAUGAGGAAGUUGCUUGGGUAUGGGGAUGAUUGGAAACCGGAUUAUGAGGGGAAUUUCGGGGCGGAGUUUAGGGAGGGAUAUGAAGAAAAGGUGCUUUGGGAUCAUCAGUAG